UGGAGCUGCACAUGCGGCAGCUCCCCUGCUCCGUUCCGCCCAGCCUCCGUUGCUCUGGAACGGGUCCCUGCAGCCCCCAGCCGAUGGCAGGGCAGUAGCCGCCUGUCAGGGGUCCUGAACGGCUGAGGCAGACGCGGCGGCUCCAGGGCCUCAGAGAGUGGGUGUCUCCGGAGGCCAUGGGCUACCCCGAGGUAGAGCGCAGGGAACCUCUGCCCACGGCAGCGCCGCGGGAGCGGGGGAGCCAGGGCUGCGGCUGUCGCGGGGCCCCUGCCCGGGCGGGCGAAGGGAACAGCUGCCGGCUCUUCCUGGGCUUCUUUGGCCUCUCGCUGGCCCUCCACCUGCUGACGUUGUGCUGCUACCUAGAGUUGCGCUCCGAGUUGCGGCGGGAACGGGGAGCCGAGUCCCGCCUUGGCCCCAGCACCCCUGGCACCUCUGGCACCCUGAGCAGCCCCGGUGGCCUCGACCCUGAUGGUCCCAUCACCCGCCACUUCGGGCAGCCAUCACCUCAGCAGCAGCCGCUGGAACCGGGAGAAACCACACUCCCCCCACACUCCCAGGACGGGCACCAGAUGGCCCUUCUGAAUUUCUUCUUCCCUGAAGAAAAAUCAUACUCUGAAGAGGAAAGUAGGCGUGUUCGCCGCAAUAAAAGAAGCAAAAGCAGUGAAGGUGCGGAUGGUCCAGUUAAAAACAAGAAAAAGGGAAAGAAGGCAGGACCUCCUGGGCCCAAUGGCCCUCCGGGACCUCCAGGACCUCCAGGACCCCAGGGACCCCCAGGGAUUCCAGGAAUUCCUGGAAUUCCAGGAACAACUGUGAUGGGACCACCUGGCCCUCCAGGUCCACCUGGUCCUCAGGGACCCCCUGGCCUACAGGGACCUUCCGGUGCUGCUGAUAAAGCUGGACCUCGAGAAAACCAGCCAGCUGUGGUGCAUCUGCAGGGCCAAGGGUCAGCAAUUCAAGUCAAGAAUGAUCUUUCAGGUGGAGUGCUCAAUGACUGGUCUCGCAUCACCAUGAACCCCAAGGUGUUUAAGCUACAUCCCCGCAGCGGGGAGCUGGAGGUACUGGUGGACGGCACCUACUUCAUCUAUAGUCAGGUAGAAGUCUAUUACAUCAACUUCACCGACUUUGCCAGCUACGAGGUGGUGGUGGAUGAGAAGCCCUUCCUGCAGUGUACCCGCAGCAUCGAGACGGGCAAGACCAACUACAACACUUGCUACACCGCGGGGGUCUGCCUGCUCAAAGCCCGGCAGAAGAUUGCCGUGAAGAUGGUGCAUGCCGACAUCUCUAUCAAUAUGAGCAAGCACACCACCUUCUUUGGGGCCAUCAGGCUGGGCGAGGCCCCUGCGUCCUAGAUUCCCUCCCCCUGCCCCUUUUCUGUCCCUGCCCGCGCCCCUGCCCCAGGGUUGGGAGCCGGGACUCCCAGAACCUCUCAGUGCUGCUGUGGAGUGAGGUGCUAUGGGUGUCGCAGCCACAGAGAUCAAUAUCACGGGGCUAUUUAUUCAUCAGGAUGAUGAGGCCCGCUUGGCUUUCCAGAAUGACCUUGAGUUCACAGGAUGUUUGACGGAGCCCCAGAGUUUGCAGGAAGGAGGACCUUCUUCCUUGGUUCCGUGUGUCAACUGGCUUAUGGCUCAGCGCCUCAACCUCAAGGUCCCUGUUGUCAGAGUGAUUGUUUCUUGCACUAACAUGGGGUUUCCGGGGCAGCAGGCAAGAGAAAGCAAAGGUGGACUCCAGACCGUGGGGGCAAGCCUCUCACCCUUAGGGGCUGCCGUUCCUCUCUUGGGUAGA